UUCUACAAAAUAUAACAGAUGAUAUUCGACAAUAUAAAGAGAAUAUUGACAGGGAAUGUUUAGCUGAUGAUAGAGGAGAAUUGUAUUCGGCCUGGAAAUUCUGGGUUGCAGGUGUAUUGAUGACAGGUGUCUGCAUUCUAGGCAUUCUUGGAAAUCUUACCAGUCUGAUCGUGUUGAGGAAAAUGAAGACUCCAAGUUUAUUCUACAGACUUCUCUUCUGUUUGUGUGUAGCAGAUCUUCUUCAUGUGUUCUUCAAUCUUCUUGAAACUCCUCCCGCCUUGGGACUUCAGGUGGGCCAGUAUCUGGUUUAUACUCUGGUAUAUCCUUACCUACACUGCACUUCACACUUCUUAACUACAGUCCGACGAUUUGGACAAGGCCAUCUGUUCCGUCAGUAUUUUAUCCCAACCCUAAUCCUCUCAGCUGUACUAAGUAUACCUAAGGUAAUAUAUUGAAAAUGAGA